AGCCAAUCCGCCUCCCUCCGUAUUGACUGCCGCAUAUUCCUCCUCGCCCGCACGAAAUACACCCUGAGCGUUCUCUGCCCCACCAAUUGCAACGUUUCCAAUUGCGGGCUGAGCUGCACCUCUGACCCAAAUACAUCCAGUGCCUCAGAGGGAGGCCGAAGACAUACGUACCUGAAUGAGUUUGGGCUAGCUGCUUCAGCCUUCCAGUUCGCAAGAUGGCGACGUUCCUCGACAAUGCAUACAGCCUGGUCCACCAGGACAAUUCGGCAGACCAGCCAACACAACAGGAGUUGAAGACGCAACUAGAAAAAGGCACAGAUGAGACGAAGGUAGAAACAAUGAAGCGCAUAUUGACAGUAAUGUUGAAUGGCGACCCGAUGCCGAACCUAUUGAUGCAUAUAAUCCGAUUCGUCAUGCCAUCAAAGUCCAAACCUUUGAAGAAGCUCCUUUACCUAUACUACGAGAUAUGUCCGAAGCAUGAUAGCAGUGGUAAGCUGAGACAGGAAUGGAUAUUGGUUUGUAACGGCAUGCGAUUCGAUCUACAACAUCCCAACGAAUAUGUUCGAGGAAGCACGCUCCGCUUCGUCACCAAGCUCAGAGAUGCUGAGCUAGUGGAACCUCUCUUACAGCCAGCUCGUCAAUGUCUCGAACAUAGACACGCUUAUGUGCGCAAGAACGCCGUGUACGCCAUCGCUUCCAUUUACCAACAUCUCGAAGCUCUUAUACCGGAUGCGCCAGACAUUCUGUUCAACUUUCUGGAAGAAGAGAACGAUGCCACUUGUAAGAGGAAUGCGUUUGCUGCACUUGUGUCAAUCAGUCAUGAAAAAGCAUUGGAAUAUCUCAGCGGUGUAUUUGACGGUAUACCAAACGCAGAUGAACUAUUGCAAUUGGCAGAACUAGAGUUUAUCCGGAAAGAUUCCGUCGCAAACCCUCAAAACAAGGCCAGGUACUUGAGACUCAUCUUUGACCUUCUGGAGGCCAACACUGCCACUGUUGUGUACGAAGCGGCGUCUUCUUUGACAGCCUUGACAAAUAACCCCGUUGCUGUAAAGGCUGCCGCUGCAAAAUUCAUCGAUCUUGCGAUUAAGGAGCCUGACAACAAUGUAAAGUUGAUUGUUCUUGAGAAAGUCAAUCAGCUCAGGCAGAAGAAUGAGGGUAUCCUCGACGAUUUGACCAUGGAAAUCCUUCGUGUUCUUUCAAGUCCUGAUCUCGACGUGCGGCGGAAAGCUCUGUCUCUUGCUUUGGACAUGGUGUCAAGCAAGAACGUCGAAGAGGUCAUUCUGCUCUUGAAAAAGGAGUUGGCCAAGACCGUAGAUGAGCAGUACGAAAAGAGCACUGAGUACCGCACCCUCCUCAUUCAUUCGAUUCACCAGUGCGCAAUCAAGUUCUCCGAGGUUGCUGCAAGUGUCGUCGACUCUCUCAUGGACUUUAUCGCCGAUUUCAACAAUGCUUCCGCUGUAGAUGUUAUCUCAUUUGUCAAAGAAGUCGUGGAGCGAUUUCCGAAUCUUCGUGGAAAUAUUGUGGCGCGGUUAGUGUCGACUCUCAACGAGGUCCGAGCUGGCAAAGUCUACCGUGGAGCUCUUUGGAUCGUCGGUGAAUAUUCCACAGAGGCGACCGACAUUAGAGAAGCUUGGAAGUGCAUUCGCUCUAGCCUUGGCGAGAUUCCUAUCCUUGCGUCAGAGCAACGGUUGCUUGAAGAAGUGCCUGACACCACCGAAAGCGAGCUGAAAGAUCAGGUCAAUGGCCAUGCGAAGGGCUCCGCACCAACUGGAUCCCGGAAGGUUCUCGCCGAUGGUACCUAUGCCACAGAGAGCGCUUUGACAAGCCAAGCUGCAGUGAAGGCUAAACUUGAAGCUGUUAAAGCUGCCCAGAAGCCUCCUCUUAGACAGCUCAUUCUGGAUGGCGAUUAUUAUCUUGCGACCGUCCUCUCGUCGACGCUAACAAAGCUGGUCAUGAGACAUGCGGAGAUCUCCAAAGACACUGCUCGCACGAAUGCUCUCAAAGCUGAAGCUAUGCUGAUACUCAUCUCAAUAAUCCGCGUCGGCCAAUCUCAGUUCGUCAAGCAGCCUAUCGAUGAAGAUUCUGUCGAUCGUAUCAUGUCUUGUGUUCGUUCGCUAGCAGAAUUCAGUCAACGUAAGGAGUUGGAGACGGUCUUCCUGGAGGAUACCCGGAAGGCAUUUCGUGCUAUGGUGCAGACGGAGGAGAAGAAGCGUGCCGCAAAAGAGGCUGUGGAGAAAGCAAAGAGCGCAGUCCAAGUCGACGACGUUGUCAGUAUUAGACAGUUGUCUAAGAAGAACACCAUGGACGGUGGCGAUGAGAUUGACUUGGAUCUUGAGAAAGCUACUGGUGGAGACAGUGCCACGGAAGAUCUGACCUCGAAACUGAGCAGGGUAGUACAGUUGACCGGAUUCUCUGACCCCGUCUACGCCGAGGCCUAUGUCAAGGUGCACCAGUUUGACAUUGUCCUCGAUGUAUUGCUUGUCAAUCAGACCUCCGAGACUCUCCAGAAUCUUUCGGUCGAAUUUGCAACUCUCGGCGAUCUCAAGGUUGUCGAGAGACCCACGACCCAAAAUCUUAGCGCACACGAUUUCUUAAACGUACAAGCUACGAUCAAAGUAUCUUCCACUGACACCGGUGUCAUCUUUGGAAACGUUGUCUAUGACGGCGCAAGUUCCACAGAGAGCAAUGUUGUCAUUCUGAACGAUGUCCAUGUCGAUAUCAUGGACUACAUCCAGCCUGCCCAAUGCACAGAGACGCAAUUCAGGACAAUGUGGACCGAAUUUGAAUGGGAAAACAAGGUCAACAUCAAUUCCAAGGUAAAGACGUUACGUGAAUUCCUAAAACAGCUAAUGGCGAGCACGAAUAUGAGCUGCCUCACUCCCGAGGCGUCCAUGAAAGGAGACUGCCAAUUUCUAAGUGCAAAUCUAUAUGCUAGGAGCGUCUUCGGCGAGGAUGCACUGGCGAAUUUAAGUAUUGAGAAGGAAGGUGAUGAUGGUCCGAUUACUGGCUUCGUACGAAUUCGAAGUCGCUCACAAGGCCUGGCCUUGAGCCUUGGGUCAUUGAAGGGGCUGAACAAGGUUGGAACAACAUGAUAUGUGAAAAUUAAUGAUCAGAAAGCAAAAAUGUCAACGAGCCACCACGUCAGCUACUCUGAUGGACUGCCGCUCGGCUACCUAUGGUGUUUAUAGAGCGACACGACGGCUUCCGGAGUGCUACAUGUUUUUGGUACUGAUGGAAUCUAUCCGAGGGACGUGUAGGCCCGCUCCAAGUCUAGAAUUCCAAAAUGGUCGUCUGGAGUGCAGUAAUACCAGCAUGAUGGGUACAGAAUCGACGAAUGCUGAAUAGUUGUGAUGUAUAGGUGCGACACGUGACCCCGCCGUCAACGCCUUGUAGAAAGCGGCACCG